AUGCUGCAUAUAUUUCCACAGCGGUCGAGUCCGAAUUAUGCAAGAUCACGUUUCAAAAACAAUAUUUUUCGUUGCCUUCGAGUCAUUGCCAGAGACCACUGGAGUAUCCGUUUAAGCUCAGCCCUCCAAAAAGAUUACUGUCCCCAGUCUGGUGCUCAGUUUGUCUUUAUAUGGUCCUUCAGGCAAGCAGCCAAUGCCCGUGAAAGAGCCUCCUCAUUGGAAAUUAAGAUAGUUGGUGCUCAGAGGGAGCUGAAAGCCAAAAUGAAAACCACGGCCCUGCUGGUUUUGCUGAAUUUGCUGCUAGGGGGACAUGCCAUGUCCACCAGCCGCCUCUCUUGCUACAGAAAGAUUUUAAAAGAUCGCAACUGCCACAAUAUUCCCGAAGGAGUGGCAGACCUUAAACAGAUUGAUGGACACCUUCAGGACCACUUCUGGGAUGGAAAAGGAUGUGAGAUGAUCUGUUAUUGCAACUUCAGUGAAUUGCUGUGCUGCCCAAAAGACAUCUUCUUUGGGCCAAAGAUCUCUUUUGUGAUUCCUUGCAACAACCAGUGAGAAUCUU